AUGGCACCCCCUCCGACCUAUCCAUAUGGCAUAUUCGCUAGGUAUAACCCACAAGCCGUCUAUGCUUAUCAUUCAGGGGCACCCGGACAUUCAACUGUUGAUUGCAAGGCUCUUAAGCAUAGAAUUCAAGAUAUGAUUGAAGCCGGAGAGAUUGUAAUCAGGAAAAGGGAGGCACAAGGGCCGAAUAUAAAUAGGAACCCCUUGCCGGAACAUACUAAUAUCAUUGGGGUCAUUCUGGACGACGCAGAGUAUGAGGAGCAAGUCCAAAAAUUGGCAAGAGAAGUUGAGGUGUUUGGGGUCACAGACCAACCAUUUGUAAUAGAUGUGUCAUUUGAGGAGGAUAAAAGGUCUUUUAUUUUGGAUCUUACUCUAGCUGAGAGCGAGACUUUGGAGCCAGUGGUCAUCGAAUUCCCAGAGCAGGAGCCUGUUCUAAGUUUGCAGCGAGUGCCAUGGAACUACGAUAAACCUAUCAUACAAAUUGGAGAAAAGUCAGUUGCCAAAGAAGAGGUGUCAGUGGUCACUAGAUCAGGGAGGAUUGCAAGUCCGUUUGGAGCUACCGUUCCGAUUCAAACAAAUAAACCUGAGCUGCCCGCUAAACCAACAAUUACUGAGAAGGAAGUCUUGAAUUUUCUUAAAAGGCUCCAAAGAAGCGAAUAUAAUGUAGUCGAGAAGCUAAGCAAGUCGCCCGCCCAAAUAUCCAUGUUGGAUCUGCUCUUUUCUUCGGAUAUGCAUAGGGAUGCGUUGCUCGAAGUGUUGACUAAAGCUCAAAUCCCUAAGGACAUUUCAGUUGCUAAUUUCUCACAUAUAGUUGGGAGUGUGUUAUUUACAAAACAAAUCACUUUCUCUGAUGAUGAAUUACCGGCAGAAGGCAUUGGACAUAACAAGGCUCUGUACAUAGCUGUGAGGUGCAACGGAAAAAUGUUGCCAAAGAUGUUGAUUGACAAUGAAUCUGCGCUUAAUAUCUGUCCUUGGAGUACCUUGAAAAAGCUAGGGUUGCAAGAUAUUAACCUGAGGCCUUCAGGGACCAUAGUUAGAGGUUUUGAUGGAGCACAAAGAGAACCUAUAGGAGAAGUGGAUUUAGUAGUCGAGAUGGGGCCCGCACAGUUUCAAAUAGCCUGCCAAGUUAUGCACUUUCCUAGUGUUUACAAUGUUUUGCUUGGAAGGCCGUGGAUUCAUAAGUCCGGAGCUGUGCCUUCUUCAUUGCAUCAAUUGUUGAAAUUCAUAGUAAAUGACAAAUUGAUAACUAUCUUUGCCGAGGAGGAUUGCUUCGUGAUUGCUGAUUCUGGGUCCAAAGAAGAUGGUAGCCGAAACGCCACAGUGACCCCUCAUAGCACAGCUGAUAUCGUCUCCGAUUCAUUCAGUUUAGGUUUCCGACCAACCGCUAAAGACAUCAAAGAAAUGAAGGAACGCAAGAGAGCAGAGAAAGAAGGCAGGCAAAAGGCCUUUGAUAUUCCACCACUGCAUUAUACUUUUCCACGACCAACCGAGGUGAUCACGUCAGAGAUUAACCCAGUUGACGGAAUCGAAACUAGUUUGGCCCAAUUGUUCGUUGGGGCAACAUUUGAAGACAGUUUCCCAGAUGAGGCCGAGUUUUCCAACAUCCCUGAAGGAUCAAUUUCCAAUUGGACAACCGAGUUCCUGCCCAUUCAGAAGGAGUUUCGGUAA